AUGCCUGUUAACAACAACGCUAACGCCGAAGGAGGCAACAACAAGAACGAAGGUACUUUUACUAUCUUUUCUAGUAUUUUAGUUUUUAAAUUUCCAAAAGGUUUUUUUUCCAAACAUAAUAUAAAAAUCUAAUUUCAGCCAAAGUAGACCAACUUCCUAUUGGUACCAUUCUGGCAGGAAAGUACAAGUUGACAGAAUUAGCUCAGUCCCAUCCUGUACUAGGCUUAACGUACAAUGCAAUCAGCCAGGAAGGCGAUGGUUACAUCGUGAAGGUGGAUUCUGAGAAGAACCUAUUGUCUUUAGUCAGAUCCGAAGCCGGCUUCCUUCAGGCUGUUAUUCAUGCCAAUGCCUGCGAUCAUUUCGUCCAAUUCAUGCAUGGGGCACGGUACCAGAAGAUCAUCUACUUUGUCUCCAGAUUCCGACCAGGACCGUCGCUGAAUCAGUGUUUGGGAGCAAUGUCUGAGGGAAAGUUCACUGUGGGUACGGCUGUCAGAGUGGCUUACCAUAUCUCUAAAGUAAGGUUUUACAUUUUUGAGUAUUAUGUUGGUUAGAAUGGAUUGUUUAAAUUAUUUGUAUGACUUUACGUUAUUCACAAAAUACUACUUGUUUUAGGCAAUCGACGUUGUCCACAACCUGAACUACUUGUUGCGUCGUAUGGAUCCAAAUGUCAUCAAAUUUGACGUCCACACCAAAUCUAUCUACCUCAGCGAUCUGAGCAGUGUUAGAGUUGAUCCGGCCAAAAUUAAGCUGAAUGCUACAGUCAAAUGGGCUGGUCCUCAGCUGUACGCUCCAAUGCAACAUCACAAUGGAGGUAAUGUUUAGUAUCAGAUUGAGAAAGGGCUUAUUUCAAGCUAGUGUUUGGCUGAACUAUAAGCUGUGCAUUGUUUAAUCCAAAAACAAGUUAUUCUUCUUAAAAUAACAUAAAUUAUGAUGAUAAGAUCUUGGCAAAUAUUACUAAUAUUCCUACUUCUUCAGGGUCAGUAGAAGCCCGCCACGACGUCGAAGCCCUCGUAUUCCUACUGGUCGAUAUGACAACAGCCAAACUGCCAUGGGAGAACUGUCCUCCUGAUAUGGUGGCCUCAGCCAAAAGACAGUCCAUCACCGACCAGACCCUCUUCAAUGGCUGUCCAUCACAAUAUUCAGCCUUGUAUACCUACAUCUCGUGUCUGACCAGCGACGACAAGAUUAACUACGAACAAAUUUGGAGAAAGAUGGAAGAAGCUUGGCAACAAGCUGGAAUCAAGGACGUCAAGGAGAAGUACGAUUGGGAAGUUAAAAUGCGAGCUCCAGAUGCCAACGGAUAUUAGUGUCAACUAUUUUUGGAAAGUGUAUAUAUUUUUAUAGUAAAGUGGUUCGUUGAUGUUUUUGACAAAUAAAAUAUUCCAGUAUUUCGUCUUGCCCUUUAUUUUUCACAGAAAUUUGUUCGACAAAUUAUCGUUUCCUCGUAUAAACAACGCAGUGCAAGCUUCAAAGUGUAGGUCGCAGACUGCGCGUAAUUGUUUUAUUUCUUUUUGCGAAGCUUUAUCUAACUUUGGUUUUCCAUUUUGAACUCGACUGCUUCAGUGACCUGAAUUCAGGUCAACGCCUUCAAACUGGAUCCGAGAAGUAAGUCAAAGUUAAAUUAACAAAGUUUGUGUUCAGGUUCAAAUCACUUGGGUUCUUUGGGUAACUUUUCUUUGAACCCCAACUUGGCAGAACCACGAGAAGAAUCUUCAGAAGAGAGUCAGAGAAGAUUUGAGAUUGAAUGCGAGUUCGUACAAUCAUUGGCUAACCCGCAUUAUAUUACGUGUAAGGUUUACGGAUUUUAUAAUAAGAUUUAAUUUGUUUUACUCUUAUUUUUUUGGUGUUGUUGUUUUUCUUAUUGAGAAAAGAAAUGCAAAGCAGAGAACUGAUAAGACCUUUUUAGACAUAGCACAGCGUGGAUUUUUUAAGGAACAAUACUUUUUGAAUUACUUAAAAUACUUGUUGUACUGGAAACGCCCUGAAUAUGCGAAGUAAGUCGUUUUUCUUUAUUUUUGUUGUUGUUUAGAUUAUUCAAGUGAAACAUUUUAUAACACUACAUUACUGUUCAGAUGCCUCAAAUUCCCUCAGUGCUUAUCAAUGUUGGAGAAUCUUCAAAACCCAGAGUUUCGUGAAGCAAUGGUGCUAUCAAGUAAUGCCAAGUUUGUCGAAGAUCAACUUUUGUUGCAAUGGCACUUUUACCUCAGAAAACGGGCACGGAUCUUGGUACGUUUCACUCAUUUUGAACAGAUUAGAACGUUUUAUAAGGUUUUUUAAAAAUAUUAUUCGAAUAUCAAUUGAAAGUUUAGUUUUAAGAAACUCAAAUUUGCAUAAUUUGCAGCAAACUAAUCACGUGGCGGACGAACAGCAGCCCAACUCAAACGAGCGUUCCGAAGACGAGGAAGUUGAGGAAGGUAGAACGGAGCGUGAGAACGACGAGAACGAUGAAAGGCGGAUUCAGCCUCAGCAAUAG